AUGACAAUUAUGCGUGGCGUGAAGUCUAUUGUGGCUAUUAGGUAUCUGUUCCAAAUGAAAACUCCCGUUCAGUUAUUUUUUACGACGACACGUUUGGCUCAGUUUGUAGUGACCCUACUUGCUGUGCCAGCGGACGCGGGUUCGAGUCCCGCUGGGGGCAUUCAUUUGCGUGAUGAGCACGAAUUUCGAGCAUGCUUCACGGCGGCCGCUGGGAUGGGCGCUAAUGUAUUCGUGUCUAAAUACCGGUCAGUGCGCACUCUCUUCGGUGAGGACGAGGCGUGCUACAUUAUGGACGCUAAGGUUCAAGGCAACAUCGGCAGAUAUCUUAAUCACUCAUGUUCACCUAAUGUGUUUGUACAAAACGUUUUUGUGGACACCCACGACCCGAGGUUCCCUUGGGUGGCUUUCUUCGCACUAUCCUACAUAAAAUCCGGUACAGAAUUGACCUGGAAUUACAAUUAUGACGUGGGUUCAGUUCCCGGGAAGAUCUUAUACUUUUCUAACGUCUACAGUACAAACAAGAUAAUCUCCAAAAGACACACUCAGAAACAACAAUCAUGGAUAUGGAAAGAUAGGGACGACAAUGGGUCAAAUAAUAACAAUUUCAAUAAUACAACUGAGUGGACUACAGAAAGGCCUUCAACGACAGAAUCAAAUCCCCUGUGUAUAUUCAAAGAUCCUCCCAAACCAAACUUUAGUGCGCCUGGACGAAGGAUUAGUGCAGCAAAAUGCUUAGAAUAUAUUUGGGAAAGAAAAAACAGAGUGGACAAAAAUAUAAAAGUCACAGAUUGUAAUCGUGAUUUGAUAAAGAACCGAGGGUCUAACGGACCUUACUUCGUUGUUGGAGGCAUAGAUACUUUAACUGGAGAAUAUCCGCAUAUGGGUGGAGUAGGAUGGAGAGCUCGAGAAGGAACAUGGAUAUUUAAGUGUGGAUGCUCCCUCAUCAGUUCUAAGUUUACUCUAACAGCUGCCCAUUGUACCAAAUCACCUUUCGAUACUAGGGUACAAAACCCUGUACCAGAAAUCGUGAGACUAGGUGACAAAAAUAUUAUUGAUGUCUUUUCCGAAGGACUACUGCCAGUUGACGUUAAAAUUUUAAGAAUAAUAACCCAUCCUUUCUAUUCUCCGCCGAAGAAAUAUUUUGAUAUUGCACUAAUGGAGAUAGAGGAAAUAAUGAGCUUCACAAGUAACGUUCAACCGGCGUGUCUCUGGGGUCAGUUUGAUACAUCAAAACUUGGUACUUCAGCAACGUUAACUGGUUGGGGAGUUGUGGAAACAGCUACAAAGAUAACAUCUCCAAAACUUCAGGCAGCUGUAGUAGAUGUUAUAGAUUUAGAGCAAUGUGACGCCUUGCUCCGGCCAAGUUGCAACAGACAUUGGUGUGGAGUACAGGAGCACCAGAUAUGUGGUGGAAAACUGUCUGGGGGUGUAGAUGCGUGUCAGGGUGACUCUGGAGGUCCUCUACAAGUAAAAAUUCCUCUCCCAGAAUCAAGUGAAGGUUCCAUGCAUUUUCUAAUAGGAGUGACGUCAUUUGGUAUAGGCUGUGCAUUACCAGACCUCCCCGGGGUCUACACCAGGGUCUCCAGUUUCAUAGACUGGAUUGAAAGCAUUGUUUGGCCGGAGAAC